UGUUCUGUCAAUUUCACAUAAUUACACUUUUCUUCCCAUACCAUCCUGUAUACACGCUCGAGUUUCGCCCUGCAUAUUUGUUGGCCAAUCAUCAAUGGACAGCCUAGAGUAUACACAACAUGACACCAUUGGCUGCAAUUCAUUGCCAUUGGAGGUCUGGAUCGAGAUACUUGGCUAUCUCAUAGAUAAGGACCAUCUUUCAACAACUUGGCUAUCAUGUCGUCGCGUUUCACAUCUCCUAAAAUCUGCAGCUGAGAAGGCAUAUACCUAUGAUUGCAUUCGAAGAUGGAAAGUGCACCUGCUUCUGGGCUACAGGAAACUGGGUCCAAGGGCUAAUUCUACGACUGAGAGAUGGACGACGGCUACAACACUUCUCAAGUUUACGAAACUCUCACCAGAUGGAGAGCGCAUCUAUUUCGAGGAUGCGGGAUUAGGCGCGCCUAGAUGGGGUGUUGACCAGCUGGGAGGCGACCUACACCUUGUGGCCCGCUGUCUGAGAAGUGGGACAAUGGAGCUGAUAAUCGGUUCCGGAGCGUACUCCGUGGGGACGAUUGACGCUAUGCUGGAUAUCAAGGAGGGCGAUCUCCCAAGUAUCGAGCUGGAUGUUAACAGAGAGACGAGGAUAGUCUCUUAUCAAUGGAGGCCUUUGCUGAGCACGUUCCUGGAGAAUGCGCAUGACGGAAACCCGAGGGCUUUCUAUGGGACAUAUGGAAAGACAAAGCCGGGGCGUAUUGUCAGAGGUGUUUAGUUGCUCUCGCGGUUACAGCGGAAACGAUAUUCCUACUGAAGCCCACUUGGCGAUUACAUCUUUGGAAGCGUCACGGUGCUUGCGACCCCUGCGUGAAGAUGAGCACAACAUCAGGUACGGUUCAGAUCUCAGUUGAAAGCUUCAACUGGGAAAUAUGAAGGAUCGCGGGUUUGUUCAUAUGAG